CGGAGGAAGUAGUACCACCCAGUGUCCAAGGAGUGGUUGGUUGCCCAAGGAGUAGGGCAUUUUCCUGAGACAGCUUCCUUCUGUCCUGUGCUAGGGAGGCGAGCUUCCAAGAGUGGUUCAGGCUUCCUUUUCUUCUGGCUUCUAAUUCAGCUCAGAAGGGCAAGAGAAAAGCCAGUGCAUGGAUCCCACUCACCCUUCCUGCUUGUUCUAGCCGGGCUUUGAUUGCCUCCGCACCUCCAGCUUCUGAAAGCAGGGCCUCUCCCAGCCGCCGCUCUCACUGGCAGGCAAGGUGGUGUGUGCCCUGCCCCUCAGGCCAGGGGCGGGGAUGGCUGCCAUUGUUGUAGGUCCCUUGUGCCCCGCUCACACCUCCACAAAUAGCCCUUCCAUCGAAACCUCUUCUUCCCACCUAUGAGUGAGAACAUGCGGUGUUUGGUUUUUUGUCCUUGCGACAGUUUGCUGAGAAUGAUGGUUUCCAGCUUUAUCCAUGUCCCUACCAAGGACAUGAACAAUGAGAACACAUGGACACAGAAGGGGAACAUCACACACCAGGGCCUGUUGUGGGGUGGGAGCAUUAGGAGAUAUAACUAAUGUCAAAUGACGAGUUAAUGGGUGCAGCACACCAACAUGGCACAUGUAUACAUACGUAACAAACCUGCACAUUGUGCACAUGUACCCUAAAACUUAAAGUAUGAUUAAAAAAAAAAAAACCAAAAAAAACCUCUUCUUGGGAGCUCUGGAGUAGAAUUCUCUUUCUGGUUGGACUCUGAUAAAUACAGCUGGUGAUCAUUAUUUCAGAAUGAAAUUUCGUUUAGUUUAUGAGUCUGUCCAAAUAUUUCGAUCAUUUAAAUUCAGAUGUUAGUUUACCUCGGUUUGUAGAGAAUGGACUGGGCUGUAGAAACUUAGAAGCCAAGCGAAUGUGGACUCCGCUGUCUUCAUUGCUAUCUUGUUACUAUGGAUGUCGGAUUAGGUGCACCCGUGAGGUCUUGGAUUGAAACCCCAUGUUCUGCAUGUCUCAGGACCUCUUCCCUGCACUGUGCUAGCCCGGCCCCCUGUGAUGGACUGAAUUGUGUCCCUCAAAUUUAUAUGUUGAAGUCCAAACCUCCAGUACUUCAAAAUAUGACUAUUUUUGGAGAUGGGGCCUUAAAAGAGGUCAUGAAGUUAAAAUGUGGCCAUGAGGGUGGGCCCUGAUCCAGUCUGACAAGUGUCCUUACAUAGGACAUGCAGAGAGACACCAGGGAUGUGUGCAGAGGGACCGCCAUGUGAAGAAGCAGCAAGAGGAGCAAGAGGACGGCCAUCUGCAAGCCAAGGGGGAAGCCACCUGCCCACACCUUGAUCUGAGACUUCCGGCCUCCACAACCAUGAGAAGAUACGUGUCUGUUGUUUAAGCUGCCCAGUCUGCGAUGCUUUGUUCUGGCAGCCUGCACUGACUCACAAACCCACUUCUGACCUAGGCCCUGACUGGGUUCAAGCAUGCACAGCCUGGCCAGCUCAGCCACUGUCCGCAUUCACAGCCUCCUGCAGCUUCCACUGCUCAGGCAUCCUGAUCCUAGCCUUCUUAGUUGGCCAUUGCUCACCAGACCAUUUUAUGUGGGCAGGAAUGAGGAGACAAGGAGGGCCCUCAGGGACACAGUUGCCCCUCUGCUAUCUUACCCUACCUGUCUUAUCCUCUGGACCAUGCAAAAUGUUUAUCUUAUGUAGUCUUUUGUUCUUUGGUAAAUGCCUAUUAAUAUAACAGACACAUACUUAGUAUCCAUGGUGUCCCAGCAGCCCCGCAGCUCUGAUCGUAGUAGAGGUGGUUUAAAGAGAAAUGCAUUAAAUAGAGUUGAGUUUGUUUUUCACAAAUCAAGACACAUCCCACUUGGGGCAAAGUCGUGACAUUCAGGUGAACCUGAAAGUUAUAGCUUCUUUUAUAGCCAGUUAUCCAAGGGCUGAAGCCAUCGAGCUGCCUGCCUUCUGAGCACUUGAAACAAAAAGGAUUGGAAUGUUUGGUACAAAACCCAGCACUUAAAACCUAUGAGGCUUUCAGCUGUGACUCUUACUGUCUCGCCUCCAUCUGGGAAGUUCAUUGAUCUUCAAAACCUGGCAGGCUCCUCAGGGGAGAGAAGAUUUAAGAUGGAGCAGCCAGCUCAAAUCCCUAUUAGGUCCAAGAGCCAAGAGGCGCAACGCGCAGCUAGUUGGGAACAUAUGAACAUCCUUCCAAAAAGCUGCAAGACUGUUGUGCGUGUAAAUCUACGUUGAGGAAAUUAUGUGGUGAAAUGGGUUUUUUCAAAGUUUGCACUUAGGCCCUUUUCCGAAGAAAAUCUGUGUUGACAGUGGAGGGAGAUAAUGUUUGAGUUAAUUGAUGAGAGUUUUAAGCAGUAAUCAAUAUUUCCCAAACUAGCAAACCCAGCAUGUUUUAGGGUCAUUUUCAAUGAUUAAAAUUAAAAUUUGGUUGUUUCAAAACUUUGAUUGAAUGCUAACCACUGGAGGCCUGGUGUUGGAUGAACCAGAGCAUACUGGGAUGCUAAAAAAUAUUAAGUGCAAAUCCCAUCUCUGUCUGAAAUUGGUUUUUGUAUAAUUCCUGUUUUAGAAAAUUGUGAAAUCAUGUAAGACAGUUUUCACUAUAAAUUAUUUUCAAAAGUCUUUGUGCUAAACGAUCAGGCAUGACCGUAGUGAGCUGUUUGUUAUUUGUUAUGGUUAAUGCUUAGUUGCCAUGUGCGGAAAUUGAUGGUUAGAUGUUUGAUUAGGGGAUUGUUGAAGGUGGUGUGAGGGCUGAAUAUUGACCCCAGAUGAGUUUUUGCGAUGCUAUCAUGAUGAGGAAGGAGCAGGAAAUCAUAUUACACGACCAAUGCUUGGAGGAUUUCAAGGGGGUGUGCAGCCCACCCACCUCCACCCCAGAGGGAUGCCAUGGGUCCUAGGCAGGAAACACUCUACACUCAACAAGCUGCCAGCCAGGUGGAAGAGGGCAUUAUUGCAGAGGACAGGCUUGAGUCUGCUGGAAAGCAGUAGGGGAUGGGAAGUAUUCAGCCAACUGGACGUUUCCUGGGGACAGGCACCAAGUCCCUCUCACUAGCUGUUUAUUUCUGGAUAGGCCAUCGCUCCUGGCACUGGUUAGACCCUCAACAAAUACUAUGGAAUUAAACUGGAAAAGGGAGAACGUGGUGAAAAAUAUGCCCUAACAUUGUAACAAGUCAUAAGGUAAUGCACUUCCCAUCACUGAAAAACCCAGCAGAAACACUGUCACCUCUGCAUGCUGAUAGACAGCAGUGCGGUCACUGAGAGACGGGACCAAUCGGUGCUCCCCAGACCUGGCUGAUCAGCAGUUACAUGGGGACCUGGUUAAACAUAUGGAUUCCAGGCACCAUUCUCUGGGCUGGAGAUGUAUAUACUUUUUAAGUGUCUGAGGUGAUUCCAGUGAUCAGGCAGGACAAAAUGAUGACCCCCAAGAUUUUCAUGUUUCUUCAUAAAAUCUAGUGCAGUGACUGAGUUUGGUUAUUGUUUUGAUGGAGAAGUUACUGUAAUCCACAUGUGACUGCAAACGUUUGGCAAAUCGAUAUUUCAUGGACACGUGAUACUUGUCUGGUCCUGUCCUAGGCACUGAGCAUCCAGUAGGUGCAACAGUCACCAAAAAUCCUGCCUUCUUGGAGCUUACUCUUUCAUGAAAGGGACAGGCAGGACAACGUGUUGUAGGCAUGGUGAUAGAGACUAUGAAAGGAUGGUGAUAGAUGCUAUGAAGAACAUUACCACAUGGGCAAAGGAGUAUCAGCGGUAGGGAAGUGUCACAAGUUCCUAAUUAUCAUGGCCAGGGAAGGCAUCUUCAAUGAGGGAGCUCUGGAGCAGAGACCUGAAAAAGGAGGGGUGGGAGAGCAAGGUGCUUGGGGAAGGGUGUCCAGGCAGAAGGAAGAGCCAGUACGACGGCCUUGAGGAGGAGCUGUGCUUGUGUGCUGGAGGAACCCAAGGCGGCCUGUGGUGGAGCCUGGUAGGUGAGCUGUGGGGAGGAAGGCUUGAGGAAGGCGGGGGAGUGCUAUUGUUGAGAGUUGCCUGGCUGCGAGGGUGAAUGAGGAGUGUGGUUUUGGAAACGCCAAAUGGAGAUGCCAUUCCUAACACCCAUGGGGAGAGCACCUGCAGCAGCUGAUCAUGCCUCUGGGCCCAGAGACACCUGAAUUUUGAGAGUGUGCUACACAGAGGUGGCAUUCAUGCACUCCCAUGGACUGAGCCUGGGGAGAGGAGGUGAGGUCCCAGCACAGGCGCUGGGACACCCCAAAACUUAGAGGUGGGGGAGGUGAGGAAGGGUCAGUAAAGGGCCCCAAGGAGGAGGAGCCUGGUGAGGCAAGAUACCUGAAGACGGGGAUGGGGCAGGGAGGAAAGGAGUUUUGAAAGACGUCAAACCCCUCAGCAGGUCAGCCGUGGCUGGAGAGGACAUUGCUACAGAGAGAAGAGCUGUUUUUUGGGGGUGGUGGCCCCAAGCGAGAAAGGGAGGAGAGGACCUGGAGCCUGUGAGCUCACUCAGCUAUUUCAAGGGGAUUUACUGUGGAGGAGAACAGAGAGAUAGGGCUGUGGUUGGAGGACAAUGUGGGGUGAAGCCCAGGCUGGAGUGCAGUGGUGCAGUCUUGGCUCACUGUAGCCUCCGCCUCCCGGGUUCAAGCAAUUCUCCUGCUUCAGCCUCCCGAGUAGCUGGAAUUACAGACACCCGCCAUCAUGCCCGGCUAAUUUUUGUUUUUGUUUUGUUUUUUGUUUUUUGUUUUUUUAGUAGAGACAGGGUUUCAACAUGUUGGCCAGGCUGGCCUUGAACUCCUGACCUCAGGUGAUCUGGCCACCUCGGCCCCCCAAAAUGCAGGGAUUACAGGCAUGAGCCACUGCGCCCGGCCAAGAGUUUGCAUUUUCUUUCUCAAGAUGGGAGAUAUGAUGUCCCAUGUAUAAUAAGCGGGAGUGAUCCUGGGAGAGGGGGAAAAACUGAUGAUGCAGAAGAAAGGGAAUUAGGGGCAUGCUGUCCUGAGUGGGCACUGAGUGGGGUGGUCCAGUGCCCAUGGAGAGGGGCUGGAGCUAGGACCAUGGGUGGUACCUGUCUCCACUGCUGCUCCAGCAAACAUAUUUAACACUCACGUUCAAGGGCUGUCACAUGUAUGUUGAAGACUUUGCCAAGGUUAAUAUGUUGCAAUUUUUUCUCCAAGUCUUCUUCAUUUUUCCUGUCUCUAGAAUGUUCUGAAAGAUUUCUUUAUGACUUUUCUAUACCAUAAUUAAAGAAAACGUCUGUAUUUUGCUGGCCAUAGAAGCCAAAGAGGGAUGCAUCUGUCAUUUCUCUUCUGGGUUAGCAUUCUUUCAAAAUAUCUGGACACCAUAAAAAUGUAGAGGUCAGUCAAUAGAGAUUUAAUGCUUUCUUAUGAGAAAUUCCCUUGGAAGGGCUUUAAGAAAGUCUUUUUAGAAGAGAAUAAUAUCUUUGAUGACUAUAUGCCUAUUAAAAUACUUUUUUUUUCUUGUGGGUUUACCAUGGAAAAAAACAUCAAAGCCUUAUAUGAGCCACAUAGAAAUAGCCUGUUUCUUAAAUGGCUGGCCUGAAAUUAGCGAAGGGUAGCAAAUUGAACACAAUGGUUUUUCUGUGUUGCGCAUUCAGUUUGGGCUGAUCAGAUCCCAUGCAAAAAGAUUACUGUAAAACGAAGAUGAAAUUUUAGAUUUUAAGAAGAUUUCAUUGUAAAGCUAGGUCACAGCAUUCCACAUUCAGGUGAGUACUAGGAUUUGUAGAUUAUCAGUCAUUAUCAUUAACAUACUCACAUAUAAUUGUCAUUGUUGCUAAGAAGUGUUUGCACCUUUUCAACACUUAGAAAUUAAGUCACAUUUUCUGCUUUCAAAGCCCUUAACCUUAAUCAAUAUUUUAUAAUGUGUUUUCAUAGAUGAGAUAAAUUUGAGUUACCCCAGUUAUAAGAUGGUUACUCCUUGCAAUUAUUCUAGAUAUGAAGAUUCAUUUUGCUAAAAUGUGGUAAAAUUGCAAGGCCAUUCAGCAGGUCAGUUUUAAAUACAAUAUGAUUAUUAUUCCAUCAUCUUUGUGCGUGAUUGAAAAUAACAGAUUGUGUGAUUGGCAAUUCGCUUCCCCAUUAGAAAAUUUACCUUCCUACUUCUGUUGUGUCUUAUAUAGUAUAAUUAUUCUGUUGCCUUGAAAAAUAUUAUAAUAAACAGAAGGGCUAAUUUUUUUAAGCGUGUUGGGUGGCCGAGGAGAAAUGAAAUUUUGAGUGGAAAACCUCACAUGAAUUGUCUGUAGUUGCUUGUCCUUCAUCCCUCACCAGUCCAAAAGCCAAUUCCACAGGAAUUGAAAACUGUUAUGAAAGAGAAGCCUGGUCUUCCAUCUUAACAUCGGGUCAUGAAUUCAAUGGGGAACACUGUAUCUUCUUCAUCUCUAUGACUCAGGCUCAUAGUAGCUGCUCACUUAAUAUUUAUUAGAAAUAAAUAUUUAUUGAAAAAAUGAAUCUCCCCCAAAGAACUGAAAGCAGGGUCUUGAAGAGAUAGUCACACACCUGUGUUCACAGCAGCAUCAUUCACAAUAGCAAAAGGUGGAAACAACACAAGUGUCUGUGGACAGUUGAAUGGAUAAACAAAAUUUGGUCUAUACUUAUGUUUUAGUUUGGGCUGCCCUAACAAAGUACCCUAGACUGAGUGGCUUAUAAAUAAUGUCAGUGUAUUUCUCUUAGUUCUGGAGACUGGAAACCCAAGAUCCAGGUGCCAGCAUGGUCAGGGUCCAAUGAGGGCCACCUUCUGGGCUGCAGACUGCCUGCUCUUCAUUGCAUCUUCAGAUGGCAGAAAGAGGGUGAGAGCUCCUCCGUCCUUUUUUAUAAGGGCACUAAUCCCAUCCAUGAGGCUCCAUCCUCAUGACCUAAUCACCUCCCAAAGGCCCUGCCUCCUAAUAGCACCACCUUGGGGAUUAGGAUUGCAACAAAAGGCAGAGGACACAAACAAUCAGGUCAUAACAAUAUAUAAUGGAAUAUUAUUCAGCCUUAAAAAGGAAGACAGUUCUGGCACAUGCUAUAACGUGGAUGAACCUUGAAGACCUUAUGCUAUGUGAUAGAAGACUGUUACAAAAGGACAAGCACUGGAUGAUUCCAUUUAUGUGAAGUUCCUGGAGAAGGCAAAUUCAUAGAGACAGAAACAUUAAGGGUGGUGUCUGCAGGAAUGGAGAGUGAGGAGUUGUUUAAUGGGUAACGGGUUUCAGUUUUGUAAAAUGAAGUGAGUUCCUCAGGUGGGUGAUGAUGAUGAUUACACAACAAUGUGAAUGUACUUAAUGCCAUUGAACUUCACCUUUUUAGAAAGAGCUAAGAUGGUAAAUUUUAAGUUAUGUGUACUUACCACAUUUUAGAAAAAAUGAAUGUUAAUAUCUAGAAUAAUUGCAAGGAGUAACCAUCUUAUAAAUUGCAAUAACUUGAAAGUCUUGCCUUAUCUCUUUCUUUUUUUACGUUUAUUUAAAAUUUUGACAAAAUUUGAAUGUUGGUAACUAGGGUAAAGUUAGCGAUGUUCUUUUUCUGUAAGUUCAGGUUUGGAGUGGGUCUUCAAUUGCUGUCAUCAACUCUUGAGCAAAAGAGAACAUUUAGUGAAACUCCAGAAACAUCUUGAGAACUAAGACAUUACACCUUUGAUAAGAAUUUAUUCACGCUUCUUUAGAAAAUGUGCAGGAAGAACUAAUUUGUAGGUAAAAUGACAUGUCCUAAAAUUUUGGGAAAUGUGUAAUGGGUUCUUAGGGGUUCUUUCGGGGUGGCUUUAGUUGUCGCUUGGGAAAGGAAGAAGCUAAUUAACCCUGUUAAUAGAAAUGUUAUUCUACUUAUCCCUCUCCCCAACUAUCAUCAAAGUAUGAAGGUCAGAGCUCUUUUGUCCUUUUUAAUAGUUUGUUUUCUUAAAAGUGGUUGAGUGUGAAUUUUCUCUUGCAUGGGAAAAGGAUCAUUGUUUUUAUUGGCAUCAGUGAAUGCGCUCACACAUGACUGUUUAAAUAUGUCUUCAUUCGUUAGUCAGUAGGAUCGCAUCCUGCUGGAAGACAGAUUGUGUAACCUCAGAGGCUUCCAGGGAAACUCCAGUCCCAGGGAGAGAGUGGGACAGUGGCAUGCUCUAUAGAGAAAGCACCCCUUGUUCUCUCUCUCUGCCUCCCCAACCCCGCCCCACUGAUCUCCCUCCUGGUGCAGGCUGUCUUCAGAGGGGCUGUUGGAGCAGAAGAAAACAUCCAGCUCACCUGUCACUGAGUAUCCCCUGUUGCAAAGGAACACAGGCUCUCUGGCCUCCAGCCCACAUCUGCGGAAGCUUGGUUGGAGUGAGGCUGCUUACGGCUGCUCCCCUUUCAGUCCAUGUUUGGUUUCUGCAUCCAAGAGGCAGAGUGAGAAUCAGACCCUGGUCGGGGGUGAUCCCUGAAGGCAACGCAGUCAUAUGCAGUCUCUUGGCAAGCAGCCAGUGCUCUCAGCUGGGACACCCUGUCUUCAGGCAUGCUGCUCUGUGGCCCCGCUUACAAUGGUGACGUUGCCUGAUUCUGGCCCUGGUUCUGCCUAUCACUGGCCAGGCAGCCCUGAACCAAGCUCAUACCGCUAGGGCCUUAGGAAGGGAGAGGAAUGCAGGCAAAAGUCGUCUCCCAUACACAGCUACCUAAGGAGGAACAGAGCCUUAGGAUGUUAAGUGGAACAAACCAAGUCACCACCCACAUGUAAGAAUGUGACCACGAGCGAGAAAACCCACAGACACACCUUUCUAAGGGUGGUGGCCUACGGGAUUAGCUUCUCUUUCUCUUCCAAGUGACUGCUCUCCCCACCACUUGGCCUCCACCAGAGGGGGAUGUGGGCAGUGCACGCAGGACUGCACGGUGUCUUCUGCAGGGGUGAAAACAGUAUUUAAAGCCCCUGUGACUGCAGGUGCCUGCACCUUCUGGGGGUGGGAGAGGGCGUGAAAUCCUAUCAGCAGGAAAGUCCAUCCUUGCUGCUCCGCUCCACUCGCCCAAGCCGGGCUGGGAAGAGAGGAGAGAGGACUUCAGAGGUGCCCAGGCUAUUCCCAGGGGGAGGCCUGUGUGGUCCCCGUUUGUUUGGAGAUGAUAAGGAGUCCAUUCGAGGGAGGAGCUGCCUUCUGAACAUGGGAGUGGCUGACACUACCUCUGAGGGUUUCAGUGCCUCUCCCGUGUCCAGAAGUCUUCUGAUUCUGAUGCAGGGGGCAGGAUGGCAGGGGUACAGGGUAAGGGUAUGAGGGCUCAGGGGCUGCUAAGGAUGGGGGUGUUUGUUUUGUUUUAGUUCCUGCCACCCCACCCUGCCCUCUGCUCCCCAUCUCUGCCUGGGUCACCCAUCACUGAAAGAUGUGAGUUGCACACCAAGGUGGCAACCAGAGGGAGAAAAACAGCCCCUAGGGAUAGGGAAGGUGGGAGUUCCGUGGAGGCAGCACGUGGAUCAGGAGAGCUGGGCAGCCAGGGGCAGAACAACCACCUGCCAGGGCGGGAUUAAAAAGCAGGCAUCCUCACGAUAGCCUAGGAUACCUUUGGAUUGGAGCAUUUCCAGCUGGAACGUUGCCCUCUUGCAGCCACGUACAGGUGGUGCUGACACUCAGGCCGCUCCCAAACGUUCUAUCGUGCGGUUAUGUCCACCCUGGGUUGCAGCCCAUAUGCACCCUGGGAGGACUGCUGAACACACCGCCAGGCCACGGAGAUUGUGCACGCCACUGCCGGUCUGUGUCCAGACUAGCAGCAAUAAGGAUUCUGAUUCUGAUUAAAGCCCCUGUGACUGCAGGUGCCUGCGCCUUCUGGGGGUGGGAGAGGGUGUGAAAUCCUAUCAGCAGGAAAGUCCAUCCUUGCUGCUCCCCUCCACUCGCCCGAGCCGGGCUGGGAAGAGAGGAGAGAGGACUUCAGAGGUGCCCAGGCUGUUCCCAGGGGGAGGCCUGUGUGGUCCCCGUUUGUUCAGAGAUGAUAAGGAGUCCAUCUGAGGGAGGAGCUGCCUUCUGGACAUGGGAGUGGCUGACACUACCUCUGCGGGUUUCAGUGCAGAGAUAAGGAAUGCCAGUCUGGUGGAUAAUUUGAUGCGUGCCUUGUUCUGCAGAGUGAUGUAUUUGAGAAACAGCCCUGUAACGAGAAAAAGCCACACUACCCCUCUUUAAGUUCAAACACCACUGUGCCAGGCGCUUUUCUAGAGGCAGGACAAGGUAUGAUGCUCAGAGCAACACUCUUUAUUAGCCCAGGGUACGGACAAGGGGGCUGAGGCUCAGAGAGGGUGGCAACCCUCAGAUUCUGCAGCUAACAAGAGGUUGAGCUGGGGUUAGAAUCUUGGUCCAGCACACCCUGAAGUCACUAUCCUUUCCUGUAUGGAGAAGACACAGGUGUAUCCUGGGACCAUGGCUAGGAAAUGAACGUGAAACUCGCAUCCUGUGAAUGUUAUGAAAGGACAUAGUUCCCAAUAUGUUUAAGGGCGUUGGCUAUGGGUUUGGGAUGAAACCUCUCCCCGCUGUAGAAAUGUGUCCUUUCUACUCUUCAUAAGGGAUGUGUGUUAUUUGGAAAGUUUCAAAACUCAGUCAGGGAGGUCCCCCUCCCGCCUAACCAACCUAUCACCCCAGGAACGAGGUUUCAGCUGCAGAGGUAGUGACAGCUCCCAGGUCCAGAAGAAUUAGGAUUUGGGGACUUGGAUUUGAGUGAUCUCUUAGGUUCUUAAAAUGGGCCUCCUACACCCUAAAUACUGCUCCCUCAACUUCAACCUCCACAGUUGGUAUCAACCUGCUGUCAACUAAAAGUAAGCUCCUAAGCCCCCCACCAACUGAACAGACCUUCUUUUUGCCAAGGAGACCCCCCCAAAAAAACCUUAAAAACUUAGUUCUCAGCCAUGAUGGGACAGGAGAUCAGACACACCUUGUUAUACUUUCUCCCUUUUAUGGUUUAGGCACAACGACUGACCAGUACUAAUGUUAAAAUAGAGAAUAGAACAGACUGUUUGUGGCAACAAGAUACCAACUUAUAAGCAGCAACCUCAGGCCACGCCAGGCAAGGGUCGAGCCGCGUACUCUACACUUAGAGAACGGAUUCUGUUCUCACGGCACAGCGUCUUCUUUUUCUCCAGCAGCUAAACACUCACCGGCCCGGAGAUCAGCCAGAUUCAAAUGACUGCAGCUCAUCCGCCCACAGACGCGGACUGACCCCAUUCCACAGCCAUGACUGCAGCUCGGAUUGGGCAGGAGACUGACUUCAGGAACCUCCUCCAGAUAAGAGACCCCUGACAGUGGACUGGCUCUGGUUGCUUUACAGAGGCUGCUCACUUGAGUGCCUUCAAGUCCUGAAAAGACCUUUUUGACAUUUAGGGCCUAACUGUGAUACACUUAAAUGUUAAGACUCCAGCCCAGAGUGAACACAGGAGACAUGUCACACGGAUGUUCAAUAUGCGUGCAUCAGGACCACCUUCAUGAAUAUUCAUAGUUCCUCCUGUAAACUGCUGAAUAUGUAUGUUUAACCAACCCAUUCAGCAUAAAGCUCCUUCCCCAACCCCUCCUCCUUCAAAGUGCCUGUCUCUGGUCGUGCACAAAGGCACACUUCCUAGACUGCAGGAUGGCCGCCUUGCACCUUUAUAAGAAGCUACAGAUUCUCGUUGACACUGGAAGCAGUAACUUUGCCGUGGCAGGAACCCCGCACUCCUACAUAGACACGUACUUUGACACAGAGAGGUCUAGCACAUACCGCUCCAAGGGCUUUGACGUCACAGUGAAGUACACACAAGGAAGCUGGACGGGUUUCGUUGGGGAAGACUUCGUCACCAUCCCCAAAGGCUUCAAUACUUCUUUUCUUGUCAACAUUGCCACUAUUUUUGAAUCAGAGAAUUUCUUUUUGCCUGGGAUUAAAUGGAAUGGAAUACUUGGCCUAGCUUAUGCCACACUUGCCAAGCCAUCAAGUUCUCUGGAGACCUUCUUCGACUCCCUGGUGACACAAGCAAACAUCCCCAACGUUUUCUCCAUGCAGAUGUGUGGAGCUGGAUUGCCCGUUGCUGGAUCUGGGACCAACGGAGGUAGUCUUGUCUUGGGUGGAAUUGAACCAAGUUUGUAUAAAGGAGACAUCUGGUAUACCCCUAUUAAGGAAGAGUGGUACUACCAGAUAGAAAUUCUGAAAUUGGAAAUUGGAGGCCAAAGCCUUAAUCUGGACUGCAGAGAGUAUAACGCAGACAAGGCCAUCGUGGACAGUGGCACCACGCUGCUGCGUCUGCCCCAGAAGGUGUUUGAUGCAGUGGUGGAAGCUGUGGCCCGCGCAUCUCUGAUUCCAGAAUUCUCUGAUGGUUUCUGGACUGGGUCCCAGCUGGCGUGCUGGACGAAUUCGGAAACACCUUGGUCUUACUUCCCUAAAAUCUCCAUCUACCUGAGAGACGAGAACUCCAGCAGGUCAUUCCGUAUCACAAUCCUGCCUCAGCUUUACAUUCAGCCCAUGAUGGGGGCCGGCCUGAAUUAUGAAUGUUACCGAUUCGGCAUUUCCCCAUCCACAAACGCGCUGGUGAUCGGUGCCACGGUGAUGGAGGGCUUCUAUGUCAUCUUCGACAGAGCCCAGAAGAGGGUGGGCUUCGCAGCGAGCCCCUGUGCAGAAAUUGCAGGUGCUGCAGUGUCUGAAAUUUCCGGGCCUUUCUCAACAGAGGAUGUAGCCAGCAACUGUGUCCCCGCUCAGUCUUUGAGCGAGCCCAUUUUGUGGAUUGUGUCCUAUGCGCUCAUGAGCGUCUGUGGAGCCAUCCUCCUUGUCUUAAUCGUCCUGCUGCUGCUGCCGUUCCGGUGUCAGCGUCGCCCCCGUGACCCUGAGGUCGUCAAUGAUGAGUCCUCUCUGGUCAGACAUCGCUGGAAAUGAAUAGCCAGGCCUGACCUCAAGCAACCAUGAACUCAGCUAUUAAGAAAAUCACAUUUCCAGGGCAGCAGCCGGGAUCGACGGCGGCGCUUUCUCCUGUGCCUACCCGUCUUCAAUCUCUGUUCUGCUCCCAGAUGCCUUCUAGAUUCACUGUCUUUUGAUUCUUGAUUUUCAAGCUUUCAAAUCCUCCCUACUUCCAAGAAAAAUAAUUAAAAAAAAAAACUUCAUUCUAAACCAAAACAGAGUGGAUUGGGCUGCAGGCUCUAUGGGGUUCGUUAUGCCAAAGUGUCUACAUGUGCCACCAACACAAAACAAAACCAAGCCUUGGCUCGUUCUCUUCUCUCUUCAAUCUCUGGAAAAAUAAGUACAUAUAGUUGAUAACCCCUCUUAGCUUACAGGAAGCUUUUUGUAUUAAUCGCCUUUGAGGUUAUUUUCCGCCAGACCUCAACCUGGGUCAAAGUGGUACAAGAAGGCUUGCAGUAUGAUGGCAGGAGAAUCAGCCUGGGGCCUGGGGCUGUAACCAAGCUGUACCCUUGAGACCUGGAACCAGAGCCACAGGCCCCUUUUGUGGGUUUCUCUGUGCUCUGAAUGGGAGCCAGAAUUCACUAGGAGGUCAUCAACCGAUGGUCCUCACAAGCCUCUUCUGAAGAUGGAAGGCCUUUUGCCCGUUGAGGUAGAGGGGAAGGAAAUCUCCUCUUUUGUACCCAAUACUUAUGUUGUAUUGUUGGUGCGAAAGUAAAAACACUACCUCUUUUGAGACUUUGCCCAGGGUCCUGUGCCUGGGUGGGGGUGCAGGCAGCCUUGACCACGGCUGUUCCCCUCACCCAAAAGAAUUAUCAUCCCAACAGCCAAGACCCAACAGGUGCUGAACUGUGCAUCGAGCAGGAAGAGUUCUAUCCCCAAGCUGGCCACUAUGACAUAUGCUUACUCUUGCUUAAAAUUAAUAAAUCAUGUUUUGAUGAGAAAAAACUA